AUGUUGCUCAUUGACAAACGGCCCUGCGACGUGCAGGGCUGUUGGAAAGAAGGCAAGGGAAGUUGUCGGGUGUGCUGUGAAGAAGACAAAAGUGGCGCUAGAGCCAGGAAAGAUUGGAAAAUGUUCAACUACCAGGUCAUACUAAAUAGGUUCAGAAAAGGUAAAGGAAAUACAAAUCCUACAGAACCUCAAGAGGAAAAAGUGAAAAUUCCUUUGGAAAAUAAAUAUUUUGUGGCAAGACCAGUCUACUCAGAGGACUCAUUCAGUUCUGAACAUGAAAUAGUGCAAAGACGUCACACCACUAUAUUGGACCAUUUGAAAAGGUCUUGUGGCUGCUCUGCUCAGAAAGCAAAAAGAAUUGUCUUCACUUUUUUCCCUAUUAUAUCAUGGCUUCCUCAAUACACAUUCAAAGAAUGGAUUCUCAGUGACAUUAUUUCUGGGGUCACCACAGGACUUGUAGCGGUUUUACAAGGUUUGGCAUAUGCUCUUCUAACAAAUGUUCCACCAGGAUAUGGACUGUAUGCAGCCUUUUUUCCAGUUGUUGUCUAUUUUUUCUUUGGAACAUCUAGACAUAUAUCUGCUGGUCCCUUUCCUGUUACUUGUUUGAUGGUUGGCUCAGUGGUUACCAAUCUUGUUGCUACUUCAUCCAUAAGUGCUGGCAAUUCCACAACAGCUAAUGCCACUGAUGAAACACUACUAAAUGAACAGAAAGUAAUGGUUGCAGCAUCUUUAACCUUUCUUGUGGGGAUAGUUCAACUGAUUCUCGGAUUUCUGCAGUUUGGAUUCAUAGUCAUAUACCUAUCGGAGCCUUUAAUAAAUGGGUUCACAACAGCUGCUGCCAUUGAAGUUGUGAUAUCACAACUAAAAUAUGUUUUUGGAAUUAAAAUACCUUCAUUUAAUGGACCUAUUGCAAAUUUCAGAGUGCUCCAUGCUAUAUUUUCCCAGUUACGAAUAACAAAUAUUGCUUCUCUUGUUAUAUCAAUUGUUGUAAUGGUUGUAGUAUACAUUGUGAAGGAGAUCAAUGACUAUUUCAAAGCAAAAAUGCCUGUACCUAUCCCAAUUGAAAUCAUUCUGACAAUAAUCGGAACUGGCGUGUCCUAUGCAUUUGAUUUCCAACACAGAUUUGAUGUAAAUAUCGUUGGAACAAUUCAGAGAGGCUUUCAACCUCCUAUACCUCCAAGUGUGUCUGUGUUUCAAGCAAGCAUAGCCAAUUCUAUCUCCACUGGUAUUGUUGGCUUUGCUGUAGCAUUUUCUGUGGCUCAAGUGUAUGCAGUGAAACAUAAUUAUACCAUUGAUGGUAACCAGGAGUUAAUAGCAUUUGGUCUAUGCAACAUAGUAUGUGGAGCAUUCAAAGGAUUUGUUGCAAGUACAUCAUUGGCCAGGUCAUCAGUUCAAGAGAGCUCUGGUGGCAAAACCCAGGUUGCUGGGAUAAUAUCAGGAGUGAUUGUUUUAAUAGUAACACUAGCCCUUGGAUACCUCCUAGAGCCUCUUCCAAAGGCUGUUCUUGCUGCUAUAAUUAUUAUAAACCUGAAAGGAAUGUUGAUGAAGUUUAAUGAAAUUCCAGUUCUGUUCAGAAGAGAUAAGUAUGACUUUGUGGUUUGGGUUGUAACAUUCUGGGCAUCGGUUAUCCUUGGCUUGGAUCUUGGACUUGCUGUAGGUGUUGGAAUAGAGUUAAUAACAGUAGUCCUCCGAGUACAAUUCCCCAAGUAUGCUGUGUUAGCUAGUAUUGCAAGGACAGACAUCUAUAAGGACAGAAAAGACUAUGGUGAUAUAUAUGAGCCAAAGGGAGUGAAAAUUUUCAGAUGUCCGUCUCCUGUUUUCUUUGCCAACAUUGACACCUUCAAGGAGAAGCUUAUAAGUGCUGUUGGAUUUAAUCCAUUGUGGCUGUUUCGAAAACGCAAUAAGGCUCUAAGGAAAAUAACAAAAUUAGUGAAAAAGGGAGAAUUGCGUAUGACGCCGAAAGGUUUGGUGGCAACAUCAAAUGAUUAUGAAUUGUCUGAUGAUGAAGAACUGAACAAUAACAGAAUAGAAGAGCUGGACGAGCCACCAGAAGAAUUGCCUAUUGUUGUAAAUUGGAAUAAGGAUCUUCCACUAAAUAUCCAGGUUCCAAAAAUUGAUCUUCACAGCUUGAUUCUGGAUUUUACUACUGUUUCAUUCAUUGAUAUGUCUGGAAUGAAGGUCCUGAAAGCAAUAUUAAAGGAAUUCAACAAGGUUGAAGUUGACACGUACAUUGCUAAUGCUGACUGCUCUGUCUUGGAUAAAUUAAAGAGGAGUGAAUUUUUUGACAAAGAUAUUAAAACAUCGAUAUUUUACCUCACGGUUCAUGAUGCUGUUUUAGAUGUACUCGAGAAGAAAGGUUUGGAACAUGAACUAAAGUGUGACCCAGAUAAGGAUCCUGGAACAAUAAUGUCUCUCCACGGCGUUACCAGCGGAACUAUCUAUAUCAACGACCAUGUGGUGGCCACUGAAACUAAAUUCUGAAAUAUUGAGUGUACCAUCUCAAUAAGGAGUCAGUGUUUUGCUCUUUGUCCUGAAUCUUGAGGGACCGGUCCGGAGUUCCCAGCUUUUGUCUUAUGAGUUGUCUUUUACUGGAAACAUUUCUCACUGUACUUUUAAAUACAUGUAUCUGCCUUUUGAAGACUAAAAUUAUUCUUAUUUCUGUUUAGAUAUCACAUAUAUACAUGACAGAAGACACAUUAGUUAUGAACAUAGUAUGAAUUAAUGGCAUGCCCAAAGGCAACAACACCAAAUCACAUAAAACAUGUAAAAGAUCUAGCUUUAAUAAUACUGACAUACAGGAAUUUACACCUUCUUCUGUCUAAAGAAAGACUAGGUAUGAAUUCUCAUUACAUUCAGCCAUUAAUGCGUAUCAUAUUGUAUUAUACUAUAAAAUAUGAAUAGUUCUAACCCCGUACUUCAGCUGAAGCGCCAAUGAUUUUUAUAAAACCUGUAGUAUAAUUUCUAAACAGGUUAUGACUUUUUGAAUAUGAUUUUCAUGUGUUAGGUUUUCUGUGGUAGGAGGACAGAACAAUCGGGGAGAUUUAUCAAAACCUGUGCAGAG